AUGCUUGUCAUUUCACUACUCGCGGGGCUGGUGGCCUUCGUGCCGACUGCGUUGUCCCAGGACAACACCAGUUAUGUAGACUAUAAUACCAAGUCACAACCGGAUCUGUACCCUGAAACAAUGGCAAAGGUCGAUUUUUCUUUCCCGGACUGCUCUAAUGGCCCACUCAGCAAGACGACUGUCUGUGACACCACCGCACAGCCCCAUGACAGAGCCGCUGCCCUCAUUUCGAUGUUCACCUUUGAAGAGCUCGUGAACAGUACUGGAAACGUCAUUCCCGCAAUUCCUCGGCUGGGACUACCUCCUUACCAGGUUUGGAAUGAAGCUCUUCAUGGCUUAGACCGAGCAAAUUUUAGCGAAUCUGGGGACUACAGCUGGGCUACCUCGUUCCCAUCUCCCAUCCUCACCAUGGCUGCCCUGAACCGCACCUUAAUCAAUCAAAUCGGCGGUAUCAUAUCAACACAGGGCAGAGCAUUCAAUAAUGCGGGCCGAUAUGGGCUUGACGUGUAUGCACCCAACAUCAAUUCCUUCCGCCACCCAGUGUGGGGCCGUGGACAGGAAACUCCUGGCGAAGAUAUCCACCUCUGUUCGGUCUAUGGGUUUGAGUACAUCACAGGCAUACAGGGUGGCUUGGACCCAAAGAACCUGAAAUUAGCUGCGACAGCUAAGCAUUACGCUGGCUAUGACCUGGAGAAUUGGGACAACCAUUCAAGACUGGGAAACGAUAUGAGUAUCAGCUCAUUCGAUCUUGCUAGCUAUUACACCCCUCAAUUCGUCACCGCAGUGAGAGAUGCGAGAGUUCAUAGCGUGAUGUCGUCUUAUAACGCAGUCAACGGGGUUCCCUCAUCCGCCAAUUCUUUCUUGCUCCAAACCCUGCUUCGUGAUACCUGGAACUUUGUCGAGGAUGGCUACGUUUCCUCUGACUGUGAUUCUGUAUACAAUGUCUUCAAUCCUCACGAGUAUGCUUCCAGUGCCUCGCUAGCUGCGGCGAAAAGUAUACAGGCUGGGACAGAUAUUGACUGUGGGGCGACAUAUCAACUCUAUCUAAAUGAGUCGCUCUCUCAGGGCGAGAUUUCCCGCAUUGAAAUCGAAGGUGCUGUCACUCGUUUCUAUUCUAACCUUGUAAGUCUAGGAUAUUUUGAUGGCAGCAACAGCAAAUACCGAGAUCUUGAUUGGUCUGACGUUCUUGCCACCGAUGCAUGGAAUAUCUCAUACGAGGCUGCCGUGGAAGGAAUUGUCCUUCUCAAGAACGAUGGUACUUUACCGCUGUCCAAGCACAUCCGCAGCGUUGCAUUGAUUGGACCAUGGGCAAAUGUCACAACUACACUGCAGGGAAAUUACUAUGGCGCAGCGCCCUAUCUCACUGGCCCGCUCGCUGCCCUACAGACCUCCAAACUUGAUGUCAACUAUGCUUUUGGAACCAAUAUCUCCUCUGAAUCUACUGCAGGCUUUGACGCUGCUCUAUCGGCUGCGAAGAUGUCUGACGUGGUCGUCUUCGCCGGUGGAAUUGACAACACCGUCGAGGCAGAGGGAGUGGAUCGCGCAAACAUUACCUGGCCUGGUAACCAGCUCCAGCUGAUCGAGCAGCUGAGUAAUCUGGGCAAGCCAUUAGUUAUUCUACAGAUGGGCGGUGGCCAAGUAGAUUCUUCGUCGCUCAAGGCCAACAAAAACGUCAACUCUCUGGUUUGGGGCGGUUACCCUGGACAAUCUGGGGGUCAUGCAAUUAUCGACAUUCUCACUGGAAAGCGUGCACCCGCUGGUCGUCUGACAGUCACUCAAUAUCCUGCCGACUAUGCUCUUCUAUUCCCAGCUACCGAUAUGAGCUUGCGCCCCAAGGACAGCAACCCUGGGCAGACAUACAUGUGGUAUACAGGCGAGCCAGUUUACGAAUUUGGUCAUGGGCUAUUCUACACAGCAUUCAAGGCCUCACUUGCCCAUUCCCGCGGAAGCAACAAUGGAGGUUCCUUCGACAUUGUGAAGCUUCUCUCACGCUCAAAUACUGGAUACAAUAUCGUCGAACAAGUCCCAUUCAUGAACUAUACUGUUCAAGUUAAGAAUACCGGUACUGUCGUUUCUGACUAUACCGCUAUGGCCUUUGUCAACACAAAAGCUGGACCAAGUCCGCAUCCCAACAAGUGGCUGGUUGGUUUUGAUCGCCUCGGUGGAAUUGAGCCACAUGCCACUCAGACCAUGACAAUUCCCAUCUCACUGGACAAUUUAGCUCGUACUGAUGAGGAUGGUAAUCGUGUUGUGUAUCCCGGCAAGUAUGAACUUGCACUGAACAAUGAGCGUUCGGCCGUGCUGCUCUUCACUUUGACCGGUGCUGCGACCACGAUUGCUACUUGGCCAAAGGAGGAGCAACUUGUUCUUCGUUCGUGA